ACACCAGCAAUGUAGCUGCCUGGGUUUUAUCAUGCACACACAACCUUCAAGGGGAACGUCUGUGAACUCAAGUCUGAAACAAAGGGGAACAACUUUGAACUCCAGUCUGAAACAAAGGGGAACAACUGUACUUUUGAAUUCCACUCUGAAACAAAGUGUUUAUUCUUGGCUGUGCAAUUGCCUGACCAUGGAGCAUUUCAACUUAAGCGUUAAUCAGACUUCUGAGUCUGAGUUUCUCAUCACCAACAGUACUGUGGGCUCCAAACAGGUAGGCGCUGCUGUAUUUCUAAGCAUGUGCUGCUUGGUUGGAUUGCCCAGCAACAUUGCAGUUAUCAUCACCAUCGCUCGUCAAUGGAACAGACGUAUGAGUUUCACUUUGAAGCUAAUGCUAAACCUGGCUAUAUCUGAUUCUUUGGUUCUCACUCUGGCUCCUUUUGGAGUUUCUGGUUUGCUGUAUGGAUGGACUUUUGGCCUUUGGUCAUGCAAGAUUCUGAUGUAUCUAGUCUACUGUGCUAUGUAUGCUAGUGUGUUGACUGUGACUUUGAUGGCUGCACAUCACUACCACACAAUUAAGUCAAAAGUUGCUGAUCUCAGUGCACUGGAAAGACUGCAGAAGGUGCGUAGACACUUACUGUUAAUUGGGCUCUGGAGUUUAGCCACAGUUUUUGCCUUGCCCAUUCUUUUCAUUCAAAAUGUUCAAUUCAAGAGGGGAUCUUCAAGGUGCCAGAGGGUCAUAACAUCACACUCUGGAAAGGUUACAGUUCUUGUGUUAGAGGUCCUGUUUGGAUAUGUCCUCCCUUUCACCAUUAUAGCAGCAUCUUACUGCUGGAUCUGCAAGACACAACUACAAGGAGGGAAAAAUAUUAGGGAAAGGAAGCAGAGAAUGAGAAGGCUUGUAAUCAGUAUUGUCACAGCCUUCUUUCUUUUCUGGACACCUGUACAUGUCAUCAACAUGAUUGACAUUGCUACUACUCUAACUAAGGCAUCGUCUCCAGCUGUCUAUACUCAGCUGAAAUUGAUUCGCAGAGCAACCGGAGAUUUGAGCAAAACUGUCUGUGUACUUAACUGCUGUGUGAACCCUUUUCUGUAUGCAAUUGCAUCAAGAAAGCGAUCUUCAGGAAAAAGAGGCAUCACCACGAAACAGAAAACAACGCAGACAUUACUUUAACAAAUUGAGAAAAUAUAAAUGUUUUUCAUAAUAAUCUUGAAAUACUGCUGGAAGAUAUUGUGCUGUUAUUGUGAACAGUAAGUGCUGUUACAUUCUGUUUGGAUUUAAUGCAUAGACCUUUAAAGUUACAGUUACAUAACAGGCUUAUUGUUUAUAAUCUACUGUAUGUUCUUAUCUGUUAUCCUGUUAGGGUUAUCCAUCAUGUUACUGAGACUGUAUUUUCACCUUGCAAAAUAUUGGAUGUGUAUUACCACAUGCUGAAUAAGUGUAAUAAUAUCAUUAGUGUAGUAUUUAAAGAAAUAAAGAUUCUUCUUAAACUGCUGUGUUGUAUUUUAUUGUUUUGUGAAGCACACUGAAAGGUGUUAUAUUGCAUUUGGUGAAUCCUGUUUGCCUGAUAUUGUGUAUAUGUAGUGGAUUGCAUUACUUUUAGACUGAGACUCAUUUGUGUUUUUAUGUCGAGGUUUGUGUUCAUAUUAAAAGCUGUUUAUACUAUUUCAUUUUAUUCAUAUGUUUUAUUAUCAUUAGUAUUAUUAUUGAUAAACUGUUGUGAUAUAUUUUGUUGCUUUGUGACACCCUAGAAAAAUGCUAUAGAAAUAACAGCAUGCUUGUUUUCAGAAAGGAUCAUUUUCACUUCUUUAGAACUGUUCACUUCCUUAAAACAGAUUGCUUUCAUUUACAAAAAAUGGUUAACCAAAUUGAUGAUAAUCUGUUGGGGGCAAUACUAACUUCUGAGGCCAAGGGUGUACUUACUUUUUCCACAGACAAAUAUCACAUCUAUUUAUAUUUCUGUUGAAUAAAUGAUUGAAAAAUCAAAUUGUCCUUGUGGUUUUGUUCAAGUAUAUCAACUUUAUUCACAUGUAAUAUUGCAAAGAUCAAAGAUUAUCAAAC